AUGGCCGAAGUAUCAAAAAGUUCUACAGAAAUAACUCUUCCUGAGUUUAUUGCCAAAACCGAAGAGUAUGUUAAUCAGGAGGAAAUGAUUAAGGCCCUCACAAAAGGUCAAGAGGAAGAAGACCGGGAGAAGGAGGACGCCAAAAAGGAAGACGACGCUAAAAAGGAGCCACCUAUAGCGUCCGCUCCGAAGGAAGAAAGGUUUCAGAAGAGAGUAGUAAAAAAGACUGUACCAUCAGUCCCAAAGACUGAACCCCGGCGACGUGAAGAUCGAAGGUUCACACCUUUGAAUACUAGGGUCAAUGAGGUGUUUAUGGAAAUCAGAAGAGACCCAGCUUUCAGGUGGCCAAGUAAGUUGCGAGGUGAUCCGAGGAAGCGAGACCGGACGAAGUUCUGCGAGUACCACAAUGAUCACGGACAUUUGACGGAAGACUGCAUAACCUUGCGCCAGGAAAUUGAAACUUUCAUUAGAAAUGGAAGACUGGUAAGAUUCCUAGCAGGGGAAAGGAACCAAGGAGCAGUACACCAACAACCUCUCCUAUUAGAUGGAAACCGAGCUGAAAGGGCACGGGAGCCGAGACGUGAUCGGGAUGAUGGUCCUAGAGAAGAUCCGAGACCCCCUCGGGAUCAAGGAGUAGUAGGAGAAAUCCAUACUAUUGCCGGAGGAAUAGCUGGUGGAGGACAGUCUAAUUCAGCCAGGAAAGCCCAUGCUAGGAAGACACAGGCCGAGGAAGUCUUUACAGUGCAGAGACCGUCCAAAGUGGCAAAGAAGGAUUCAGUGAUCCUUUCUUUCUCUGAAGAGGACGCUAGGGGGGUAAUGCAGCCCCAUGAUGAUCCGCUAGUAGUAACUAUAACAAUGGCCAACCAUAUGAUCCACAGAGUUCUGGUGGACAAUGGAAGCUCGGCUGAUAUACUCUACUGGCCAGUUUUUAAACAAAUGGGUAUCGAUCGUGACAGGAUCACACCAUUUAGCUCUCCCCUGGUUGGAUUUGCAGGAGAGCAGGUCCAGCCAAUUGGUCUUAUUUCACUCCCUGUAACGGCAGGAACAGCACCUAAGCAGAAAACUGUGAUGGUAGAUUUUUUGGUUAUCGACCGACCAGGUGCCUACAAUGCCAUUGUUGGUAGACCUGCUUUGAAUAAGUUGAAGGCCGCAACUUCGCCAUACCAUUUGAUGAUGAAGUUCCCCACAGAAGAAGGAGUCGGAGAAGUGAAGGGAGAUCAGACCCAGGCGAGAAGGUGUUACAAUACGUCUCUCAGGAGGGUCUCGGAUCCGACUCCUAUUGUAAUUGGUACAGUAGGUGGAAAUAACAGGAAUGACCCAAAAGGGGAACCAGCUGAACCUCUGGAGGAUGUGGUAAUAAUUGGAGACAAGACUUUGAAGAUUGGGACACAGCUCAGUCCCAAAAUCCGAGACGGCCUUGUCAUUUUCCUAAGAAGAAAUUUAGAGGUUUUUGCGUGGACUCACGAAGAUAUGCCAGGAAUUGAUCCUGAAGACAUCCUUCACCAGCUAAAUGUGGAUCCAAGUGUGAAACCAGUAAAACAAAAAAGAAGAAAGUUCGCUCCUGAACGGAAUGAGGCCAUAGCAGAAGAAGUAGAGAAACUUCUCAAAGCUCGUUUCAUUGAAGAAGUAUACUAUCCCGAUUGGUUGGCUAACGUAGUAUUGGUCAAGAAGUCCAAUGGGAAAUGGAGGAUGUGUGUAGAUUUCACUGACCUCAAUAAGGCCUGCCCAAAAGAUAGUUUUCCAUUACCUCGCAUCGAUGCAUUGGUGGACUCAACAGCUGGAUACGGUUUACUCAGCUUCAUGGACGCCUUCUCUGGGUACAACCAGAUAUACAUGCAUCCUGAAGACCGUGAGAAAACUGCGUUCAUAACUGACCGAGGCCUGUACUGUUAUAAAGUCAUGCCCUUCGGUUUGAAGAACGCAGGGGCAACAUACCAGAGGCUGGUAAAUAAGAUGUUCCGAGACCAGAUCGGACGCAAUAUGGAAGUGUACGUUGAUGACAUGCUAGUCAAGAGUGUGUUGCCACAAGACCACAUACUCGACUUGCAAGAAACGUUCGCAACCUUGAAAAAGUACGGGAUGAAGUUAAAUCCCUCAAAGUGUGCAUUCGGAGUUUCAUCAGGAAAGUUCCUUGGUUACAUGGUGUCCAGCCGAGGAAUAGAGGCCAAUCCUGAAAAAAUACAAGCUGUCUUGGAUAUGCAAUCUCCAAGAAACUUGAAACAGCUCCAGCAGUUGACAGGAAGGAUAGCGGCACUAAAUCGGUUCAUUUCACGAUCAACCGAUAAGUGUCUUCCGUUUUUUAAAGUCUUGCGAAAGGCCUUUGAAUGGACAAACGAAUGCGAAGAAGCCUUCGGACAGCUGAAAGAAUAUCUGAUGAGCCCGCAGUUUUGGCAGGACUCGGUUUAG